AUGGACGGUCUUUCUAACUUUCCUCCCCAAAUCAUCUCCUCCAUCCGAACAAUCUCAUCCCUCUCAAUCCUCAUCCUAGCGCUAUUCAUCUCUCUACCAUUCUUGAAACCCCUCAGGAAGUUCAGCGGCUCUCAUGUGUCGGACGUCGUAACUCUUAGAUCUCUUGUUCCACCUGAACCUCCAAAUGAAAUACAGAAAAAGGAAGAGUUCCAACGACGACCAAAUGUAUGGAGACAAGCUGUACUAGCUAUCCUCUCUCUGGCCGAAGUGGGCUCGUGGACAGCAGUGACAGGAUGGUCAAUCCUCAAUGUAGCUCAUAAGGAAGGGGGAAGAGUUACCGAUAUCCUAGCUUCAGCUGGAAUGGUCUUGGUUUGGCUUUCAUUCUUACUUCAAUUUACUGUUCGACCAUUAACCACUCCACCUUAUGCGACGAUAAAGAUACUGGUCAUCUUGCUUUCACUUUCACUCUUUUCAGUCGGAAACGCAUGGUACAUUCAUACCGUGACCGCUCAUUUUCCCCCUUGGGCAACAACAUGGAAAUUUAUCUUGGAGAUAGGAAAUAUAGCUAUAACGUCAAUUAGCAUAUUGAUUCUGUUUGGACUGAAGCUGUCUAGUCCAGAGGUACUUUCAAGAUUGCCUGAAGUAGCAAUGGAUGAUGACGUUUCUUUGUAUUCAUGGCUAUCAUUCAAUUGGGUAGAUCCGUUCAUUCGUAAAGGUGCUUCACAAGAAUUAGAACCUGAAGAUUUACCUAAACUAUCUUUAACGAUGCAAACAGCUAUUGUAUUUGACAGAUUUAGACAAUUGAAGACCAGUACUCUAUUAAGGAAGAUUUUCUUAGCGAAUAAAUUAGACCUUGGAUUGGAUGCUGGAUUGACUUUGAUUGCUGUCGUCUUCAAUUAUGCCGGACCUUACUUCCUCAAAAAGAUCUUGGAUGGUCUCGACACAAAAUCCGCCGAAGCUAUAUCUCAAGCUUACAUCUACGCAUUCCUUGCUUUCUUGGCUUCCACUCUGAAGGCCCUUACCGAUCUUUUGCAUCUCUGGCACGGUCGAAGAGCCACAGUCAGGAUCAAAGCGGAGUUGACAGCCGCUAUUUAUGAUAAAGCUCUUCGAAGAAAAGAUGCUUCUGGCAUCAUCACCGCAAAGGAAGACGAAAGUAAGGAUAAAGAAGGUGCAAAAGUGGAAAAGAAGAGCAAUGCCGAUAGUGGAAAGGUUGUCAAUCUCAUGGCUGGCGACACCAACCGCAUUGGAAAUACUGUCAGUGGUGGAUAUUACAUUUAUGGUGCACCCUUCGAGAUCAUCGUGGCUUCUAUCUUCCUGUACAACAUUCUUGGCUGGUCCGCUUUCGCUGGUGUCGUAGUAUUAAUCAUAGCAACUCCGCUCAAUUCAUUUGCUUCGAAAAGGAGUGUGAAAAUUACGCAAGAGUUGCUGAAAGCUAGGGAUAAGAGGAUCGGAGUGAUGAACGAGCUUAUCGGUGCAAUCCAAUUUAUCAAGUUUUUUGCCUGGAUCGAACAAUGGAAAGGGAGAGCUGCGAAAGCAAGAGCUGAGGAGAUGAAGCAGAUGGUGCGAUCCCUCAUCAAUGGAAUUGGUUUCUCGCUCAUUUGGUCACUCGCACCUAUCUUUGUUACCCUUAUCUCUUUCACUUGCUAUAUUUUUGUGGCCAAGAGGGAGUUGACCGUGUCUGUCGCAUUUACGGCGAUCUCCCUUUUCUCGAUGUUGCGAAUGCCUUUGAACGUCAUACCCACAUUUGUCGUAAUCAUCCUACAAUCGCUGGUAUCUGUGAAGCGUAUUGAAGACUUCCUGGCUGAGGAUGAAGUUCCGGAUUGGGUGUGUUCCCUCAAGCGAUCAUCGAAUCCUCGAGAAGCAGCCCCUACUAAAAUUGGUUUUGAAAACGCUACUCUUAGAUGGAACACCGGCAAACAAUCUGAACCGAAAUCUUCACCUUCUACAACCAUUACAGUCCAGCCUCCUUCACCUCAAGGAAGUACAAGCACUACCGCUAUCGAUUCUACUGAAGCUGAGGAAGCGUUUUUUGCUUUAUCAGAUCUUAACGUAGAUUUCCCGAUCGGCAAAUUGUCUGUUAUCACAGGUCCCACAGGUUCAGGAAAGACUGCUAUUCUCACCGCCCUUUUAGGAGAAAUGGAAUUACUGAAAGGUCAUUCAUAUCUACCGAAAAACACUACUCAAGUCAAUGAAAAAGGUUUGAAAAACUCUAUAGCCUAUGCUGCUCAAACUCCUUGGUUGCAACAGAAGAGCAUCAAGGAUAAUAUCCUAUUCGGAGAGAAAUUUGAUGAGGAAAGAUAUGAAAUGGUUUUGGAUGCUUGUGCAUUGAAUCCGGAUUUGGAUAUGUUGGAAGAUGGUGAUCAAACUGAGAUCGGUGCUAAAGGUGUAUCGCUAAGUGGUGGCCAAAAAGCUCGUGUAGCCCUCGCUCGAGCUGUAUAUUCCUUCACUCAGCAUGUUCUCCUUGACGACCCUCUUGCUGCAGUUGACUCUCAUACUGCCAAACAUCUUACCGAUAAAUGUUUGAAUGGACCUAUCUUAGAUGAACGUACAAUCAUCCUCGUCUCUCAUCACGUCGAGCUACUGCUCCCAUCUUCAGACUAUUUGGUACGGAUCUUGGAUGGCCGAAUAGACGCUCAAGGUACGCCAGACGAGCUGAGAUCGGCCGGCGAGCUAGAUGGAUUAGUGGCAUUGGAAGAAGCGGAGGUCACGAAAUCUGAGGCUGUAGUAGCCAAAGAGGAUAUCGAAGAAGAGGUAGAAGUGGUAGAUACUGCUGAGAAAAAGACCAAGAAGAAAGGACCUGGGAAAAAGCUUGUUCAAGAUGAGGAAAGGGCGAUCGGUAACGUCAAGUGGGAAACGUAUAAACUCUACAUCGUCGCCGCCACUUAUGUCACAUGGGUCUGGACAUUCAUUGUUCUCGUACUAAAUCAAGUCUUGACUAUCGCUGAGAGAUGGUGGCUUAAAGUAUGGGGAGAAGCUUAUAACACCGAAUUCAACUCCCAUUCAACUAUAUUCACAUUGUUUAAACCUGCUGUGACGGAUCAGACCCAGUACUACCAUCACAAUGACCUGCAUCAACACGUUUUACAUCAUACUACCAACGCUAUGGUAUACAACGGCAGUAUAGCGACGACAGCUCUCGAUGGCAUCAAGACAUACUUCCCUCCCGCGCAGACCAAUCCUGGCUUCUAUUUGACUGCCUAUACUGCAAUUGUUCUUGGAGCAGCGUUUUUGGGUAUCGCUUCCAGUGCUGUGGGAUCUUGGAGCUCUUACCGAGCCGCUAUUACUUUGCAUGAUCGACUUUUGAAUCAGGUUAUGCGGUCUACCGUUAGGUUUUUCAACGUGACUCCUGUUGGCAGAAUAAUCAACCGUUUCUCUCGGGAUGUGGAAACGAUUGAUUCAUCCCUCAAUGGAGCGCUCAGGACCGUUAUCAUUUACGUAGCAAGUUUGAUAGGUGCUAUCGUCACCGUUGCUGCAAUUGUGCCUUGGUUCUUGGUUCCUGCCGCCGUGAUAAGUUACCUUUACUAUCAGUAUUCUGUUGUAUAUCUGAGGGUAGGCAGAAGUUUGAGAAGAUUGGAAGCUACCCUCAAAUCACCUAUCUUCUCUGGAUUUGCUGAACUCCUUGAUGGUGUAAUUUCCGUUCGAGCUUUCUCUGUGGAAGCAAGAUUCAUGAACCAACUUUGCGAACAGGUUGACAAGACUCAUCAGGCGUUUUACUACUACUGGAUGAUGAAUCGAUGGCUACUCCUCCGAUUUGAUGUUCUUGGUGCUAUCUCGGUAUUCCUCACUACACUUUUCGCACUUAGUGGAGCUGUUCCAGCCGGUUCAGCAGGUAUGGCUAUCGUAUCUGCACAAUCGUUUGUCUCCGCUUGUUAUUGGGUAUCUAGAUUCUGGGGACAAUUAGAAAUGGAUUUCAAUUCUGUUGAACGAGUCCAAGAAUACUUGUCGUUACCUCAGGAAGCACCUGCUAUCAUCCCAUCCAAUCGACCUCCAGCAUAUUGGCCUUCGACAGAUAGUGGAUCGACAUUCUUAAGCGUGCAAGAUCUCGAAAUCAAAUAUGCACCUGAUCUUCCUACUGUAUUCAAAGGUUCCUUUGAUGUUAAAGCUGGUGAGAAAAUAGGUUUGAUAGGUAGAACAGGCAGUGGAAAAUCUACACUUGCCAUGAGUUUAUUGAGAUUCGCGGAUCCUAAUAGCGGUAAAAUCAUGUUGGAUGGUAUAGAUAUCACCACAAUCGGUGUUGACGAUCUGCGAUCUCGCAUUACCUACAUCCCACAGGAUGCUGUCUUAUUUUCUGGAACUGUUCGAGAGAAUCUUGAUCCUUUCAACGAGCAUACAGAUGAAGAAUUGCUAGACGCAUUAUCGAGAGUAAAUCUAGGUCCAUCGGAUACCCCUCCUUCCAGUAAAGUACCCAGUAGAGUACAGUCUUCAAGACGUCUAGAGAGUCUGGUGGCUGAAGAAGCUACAAGAUCUAAAUCUCCAGCCCCUAGUACAUCCACUGGAAUAGGUGGCAAGUCAAUAAUAACUCUCACAACAGAAGUUUCCGCCGGGGGAAGUAAUUUCUCUCAAGGUCAAAGACAAUUAGUAGCUAUGGCUAGAGCUUUACUCAGGCGAUCUAAUUUGAUUAUAAUGGAUGAAGCAACUGCUUCGGUCGACUUCGCAACUGAUGAAGCCAUUCAAGCUGCCAUAAGAACAGAAUUCAAAUCAUCAACUUUAUUGACUAUAGCACAUCGACUUUCCUCAGUAAUAGAUUACGAUAGGUUAUUGGUACUCUCAGACGGGAAAGUGGCUGAAUUCGAUACACCCAUUAACCUCCUUCGAAAGAAUGAUUCAUUGUUCAAAUCACUCUGUGAGAAAUCUGGUAAAUACAAAGAGCUUUAUAGAGCAGCCGAGAAAAAGGAGAAGGAUCAGAACUAG